UCCUCGUUCACUUCGCCUGUCUUCCAUUUCCACGCCACACCUCACGUCGAUCCCUAAAAAAAAAAACUCACCUCGCCUCGCCGCCGCCGCCGCGCACCCAAAGCCUCGCCGGCGGGGACGGGAGCACCUCAAACGGGCUUCCUCUCCGUCACUCGCUUCUCGUCUGAUUGAGUGCCUCCUCUCCCCACGGCGAUGGCGGACGGAUCCAGGGACAUUAGCAGGCGGCGGAAUCCGGCGGACAAGCUCACCGAAGACCUCCUCGUCGAGAUCCUGUCGCGCGUGCCGUACAGGUCGCUGUGCCGCUUCAAGUGCGUCUCCAAGCGGUGGCGCGGCAUCAUCUCCCACCCCGACCACCGCAAGGCGCUGCCGCAGUACCAUCUCCAUGACCUCGCUGGCUUCCUCUACUCGAGCCGCGGCCCCAGCACUGGCUAUUUCUCAACUGACAAUUUCACCCAUGUCUCGGCGGGAGGCCGUGCUCCUAUCCGUCCUUCGCUCCCCUUCCUGCCUGACUGUCAUCAGUUCCACCUUCUGGACAGCUGCAACGGCCUACUCCUCUGCCGCCGCUUCAAGACCUUUGGUGCGGGGGCAUUUUAUUACGUGGUGUGCAAUCCUGCCACGGAGAAAUGGGUCGCCUUGCCCGGCAUCUUCAGCAAGAUGCAGACAGCUCGCUUGGGGUUCGACCCGGCCGUCUCCUCGCACUUCCAUGUGUUCCAGUUCGUGGAGGAUGGGGCUGCACAUGCAAAUGCCGACGAUGAUGACGAUGCUUACGGGUUCGUCAGAGCGGUUGACAUCUACUCGUCCAAAACCGGGGCCUGGAGUCACAAGGACACCGGUUGGGACUUCCUACCUAGGAUAGUGAGUGAUUCUAGAAGUGUCUUUGUCAAUGGUUUUCUGCAUUUGCUCGCCGUCGAGUCUGCGGUGCUGGCAGUGGAUGUGGAGGGAACUACUUGGAGGGAUAUUCCUAUGCCGGACGAUGAGGACGCCCCCAUAAUAGAUGUUGAUGACGGGUUCAUUGACCUGUCUCGAGGGCGUUUGUAUCUGGCAAAUAGUGAUCAGCAUGAUCUUUAUAAACUGUCGAUCUGGGUUCUCGAGGACUACGGCAGUGAAGCGUGGGUCUUGGAGCACAGUGUCAGGUAUCUGAAUCUAUUUGGAGUGAAGAAUGUCCAGCUGGGACACGAGUACCAUAUUGUCGCCCUCCACCCACAACGAAACACGAUUUUCUUGGUUUAUGGGCAUGACAAAGUACUGAUGUCUUAUGAAAUGGAUAGUGGGAAAGUGCAGUUCAUCCACGAUCUUGGACAUGAUUCCCUGGAGCCUUAUCUUCCUUAUGUUCCCUUGUACUCAGAGGCAUUGGUAGAUUGGCACUGAUAGUCUGCCUUGCAUAUCACUGUUCUAUUCUUGACCUUUCAGAUAAUGUUGAAUCAUAGGUCCCAAGUAUUGUGUUACUUCUCUUUUGUUGUCGAGUGUAUCUUGUAACCUCACUUUAUGGGGCUAUCUAUUCCAGUUAACUUAAUAACGGUACCUGCUCCACUAAACAUAUAUGUUUAUGUUUUGCUAGCAGCAUUCGAGUCAAUCUUUA